GCUUCUCUUGGUGCGCCGAGCGGGUGCCCAAACCUGCAGCGUCCGGAGGGGGCGGGCGGGGAGUGAGGAGGUCAAUCGGCUCGGGACCCCAGAGUCACAGCCCCUGGCCCCGGCGGGCCUUUCUCAGGCCGCGCCCCGCAGAGCCGCCGCCAGCCACCGGUGUCAGGACCCACACGGGUGAGGGGGGAAAACUCUCAACUUCCUGAAUUUCAAACUUUUUACUUUGUACAAUGGAUGAACAGUCACAAAGCAUGCAAGGGCCACCAGUUCCACAAUUUCAGCCACAGAAGGCCUUACGACCUGACAUGGGCUAUAAUACAUUGGCCAAUUUUCGAAUAGAAAAGAAGAUUGGCCGUGGACAAUUCAGUGAAGUUUACAGAGCAGCUUGUCUCUUGGAUGCAGUGCCAGUGGCUUUAAAAAAGGUGCAGAUAUUUGAUUUAAUGGAUGCCAAGGCUCGUGCUGACUGCAUCAAAGAAAUAGAUCUCCUUAAGCAACUGAACCAUCCCAAUGUAAUUAAAUAUUAUGCUUCAUUUAUUGAAGACAACGAACUUAACAUAGUUCUGGAGUUAGCAGAUGCUGGUGAUCUCUCUAGAAUGAUAAAGCAUUUUAAGAAACAAAAAAGGUUGAUUCCCGAAAGGACAGUUUGGAAAUAUUUUGUUCAGCUCUGCAGUGCAUUGGAACAUAUGCAUUCCCGACGAGUUAUGCACAGAGAUAUAAAACCAGCUAAUGUGUUUAUUACUGCCACAGGAGUAGUAAAACUUGGAGAUCUUGGACUGGGCCGAUUUUUCAGCUCUAAAACCACAGCUGCACAUUCUUUAGUCGGUACACCUUACUACAUGUCUCCAGAGAGAAUACAUGAAAAUGGAUACAACUUCAAAUCUGACAUCUGGUCUCUUGGCUGUCUGCUAUACGAGAUGGCUGCAUUGCAGAGUCCCUUCUAUGGAGACAAAAUGAAUUUGUAUUCUCUGUGUAAGAAGAUAGAACAGUGUGACUACCCACCUCUUCCUUCAGAUCAUUAUUCAGAGGAACUACGGCAAUUAGUAAAUAUGUGCAUCAACCCAGAUCCAGAGAAGCGACCAGAUAUAACCUAUGUUUAUGAUGUAGCAAAACGGAUGCAUGCAUGUACUGCAAGCAGCUAAACACAUGGCAGAUCAUGAAGAAGAGAACCAGAAAUUUUUCAAGUAUUUUUGUGCAGAUCAUACCUCCCCUAUAUUGUCUGUAUGCUAAGUUUAGUUUUUCAUAGCUGACUGGUGUGUUCUGAAUCCUUAACCAAUUUUCAUUUCAGCUUCAUUUUGUACCAAUUUGUACCAAAUAUUUCCUUAUGUAUACAAAAAAAAACAUUUGGGGAAUGAGGACAUUUUUAAUAUUAGAACUUAGAAAGAAAUAGAACUUUCUAAUUUGGAAUUGUUAAAUGUUUUCAAAACAGUUUUGAUUUUUCCUGCAGAUAAAAUUGUGUUCAGAUAUGCAUCAAGUGCCAAAAUUCUGAUGGUGGAGCUUGGCGCAUGUCAUAUUAGACUUAUUACCCAAGGCAAAAUCUCUAAGCGUGUUUCAUCAUUCAUGGAUACUUUGGCUAAGCACAAUUGUGAACUUUUAAAUAAUUGUAUAAUUUUUAAAAGUUGGAGGUAUAUGUUAUAGUUUUUAAUGUAUUGCCGUUUUGAAAUUAACUUCUCUGAUUGUAGACAUAAAACUGUUUGAACAUUUGUAAUUUCUCAGCUUAUGUGUGAAAAAAUGUAUAUCUGAAAUGUGAAAGUUUUGGGGGGGUGGGAUGUAAGUUGGACACUGCUGAGUUUAUGUAAUUCUAUCUUUUCCUUUCCUUAAAAUGGCAUAAAUGGAUCCAUAAAAAAAUGGUUAAGGAUUUGUUUGGCUGGUGUGAUACCCAUUUUAAAAUUUGCACGUUGCCCAAGGCUUUCUGUGUGUUUUUAUUGUUGUUUGUACAUUUUAAAACAUAUUUCUUUGAAUGACUUUGCAGUACUAUAUUUGAAUUCCUUUAUCAAUUUUAAAUGCAUUUAAUUCAUUAACCCAAUGACAAAAUAUAACUGUGCACUAUAAUGUAAGCAUAUGUUUUUAUUCCUAUAUUUCCUGAUUUGUAAGAUCUGUCCCUUUCAGAAAUAUUUUUUAUAUUCUCCAACAGUUGCUUUCUUAUUUAUAUUUUUAAAGUUCAUUUUAUUCAUUAAUGUUUCAAUUGUGCAGAGAACAUGCUGAUGAUACCCUUUUUAAGUACGUUCAGUUUACCAGUAAUUUUCUUGAAUUGAAUAGCAAGUUCAGUAUAUGUUCUUUUACUUUUUAAGAUAUUGGUCAUUGUGUAUACAUAAAUGAUUAUUUUGUUUUCAUGGAGAGGAAGAAAGGACACAUUUUGUAAUGCACCUGUGGAUGUUGAUGCAAAAAGCUUCAACUAUUUGAAUAUUGAGAUAGUAUUUUAGCAUAUGUUUAAAGAUAUAAAAGUAUUUGUUUACUUCAACCCAAAUUUUUAUGAGAUCAUUUUUGAUGAGAAGAUUCAAGAGAAGUCCUUUGUUCUGUCCAUCACAUAUGAAAAUAACACCAUUUAAAAGUUUCUUUUAGGUUAAAGAAAUCUAUUAAAGUAUAAAUACUGUCUUGGCAUGUUUUUGAUCUAAUGUGCAGUAGACAGUUGUACCCAGUGCCUUGAAUAGAAUUUUUGAGCCAAUGGAAAAUGUUAAGUUUAGUCAUCACAAAGAAACACAGUGCUACUGUAAAACAUUGGAAAAGGUUGUAUUGUUAACAUUGAAGCUUCGUGUGCAGUAAGGACUAAGGAUUAAGGACACUAGAGGACAAUCUUGCCCAUCAUUUUUAAUAUACUUUCCCUUACAAGGUUGUGAAAAUCUUAUCCUUGAAUUUAUAGGCAGGUUUUCAAUCAAUUUUUAAACUUCAAAAUUCAUAAAGUAUACAUGAUGUAAAAAUGAUUUUAUCUUUCAAAAAAUUAGUCUAUGACAUUUGGGGUUCUAAUAGGUUAAUUUUAAUGUUGGGGGGAAAUUACAUGUCUUUUACCCUGAAAGUAAAUUCAAUUUAUUUCUUUUGCCCUGACUAUACUUUUAGGCAUCUAUAGAAAUUUAUCUGUAGAAUUAUGAACUGAAUCAUUUUAGUUGACCAUUGAUGUCAUAUUCAUUUUAAUGUUGCAGUAAAAGUGAUUGAGAUGAAGUGUUUUCUUGUUGGAACUGGUUGCUCUCCCCUUCCUCCAGUCUUUUAAAAACACAUGGGUCUAAAAUUCAUUAGCUUGACUAUCCACUGCAUUGUACAGAAAAAUUUGGCCAUUCUUAAUAUUAUCUGUCUGCUAGAAGACUAUAUCAGGGAAGAAGGUAAUGCUUGAGGAAUAUCCUUACCACAUUUUAUAUGUUGGAGCUAUAUGUUUCAUAGAUUGUAUCAUUAUUUUGACUUAAACGUGCAUAUUAUUUUCUGAAAAAAAACCACUGUUAAAAGUCAAAUUUUAAUUUUCAAAAGUAUCAUUUCGAAGAAAUUAUGAAGAUGAUUAUAAGUUGGUUGGCUUUCUAAAUGCAAAAUGUUCUCUUUAUAUUUCGGCUUAUGAUUAAACUGUUAUAUUGACUAAACUAAGCAGUUACAUUGAUUUCAGAAGCAAUACAAUGAAAGGUACAUCUGAUUCUAACACUUAAAUGUGGUAACAGUUACCAAGACAAUAAAAAUUUGGCACAAAUUUUUUCAUACACAGUUUACAAAGAAUGAAUAAAAAGUGCUCGAUAGUGUGAUGAUUGUCAAUUUAGUAAAAAUUAUUAAAACCAUUUCAUGAAUGCCUUACCAUUCUAAAUAGUAUCUAUUACAAAACACCUUGCUGGUAUUCAUAUACUGUAGGUGUUGCUGUCAACAUUUACCAUUAUAUUUAUUUUAUCCAAAAAUGUUAUUUGCAUUAAAUGUUUAUUCUUUAAAAUGAAUGUAUUAUGUUUAUAACCUACAAAUGCAUCACUAUUCUGUGCCUCAUUUCGGUAGUACUGUAACAUUGACUUUUUUUGUGAAAUACUUUUAUUUUGUUAAUGCUUUAAAUACACAUGCUAAAAUUAUUCUCUUACUAGCUUGAAGACUAUACAAUAUCCUAAUAUAAAUAAAAAUAUAA